AUGGGUCAACUAGUCCGGUCCAUGGAUCUGGCUGGGCCGGAAAAUUUAGAACUAAAAACCAUGAGCUGGGGCGGUAAAGGACGACAUAGCCCACAGGCCAACUUUUGCCGGCCCAUUCGGAGCCCCGGUCGAAACCUAUUUGAAAAGUAUAAUGUGCCACACAUACUUGAUCUGCUAAGCAUUGAUAUUGAUUAUGAUGAUUAUUGGGUAUGGAAAGCAAUUGAUCUUCACCGAUUUGAUGCACGGGCUGUGGUCAUCGAAUAUAAUUGGGAUAUAUCUUAUACGGAGCAUCGUGUUGUUGAUCCCAAUGAUAAGCAGCGAUGGACGGGUACAAACCAUUUCGGUGCCAGUAUUUUGGCUAUGACUACGCUAGGAAAGAAACGAGGAUAUACGCUAGUCUAUGCUGAGAGAGAAGGUGUUAAUUUGUUUUUUGUUAAAACUGAUAUAUUACAGUGUCAAAAUGUGUUGGAUCAAGUCAUGCCGAUUGAUAAAUUGGCAAUUAAAAAUCCAGGAUGGCAACACAGAAUGGAAUUAGAUAAAAAUAGAACAUGGAUAUGGAAUGAUACGUCGAUAUAA